AUGCCACCUAAAAGGAGGAAACUUUGGGAACGGCGCCCUGAACAUACUUCUUUGCGUCUUUCACGGAUGGCCUCGAGCUCAGCUGCUCGCUUAUCUACAGAAAGCGCCGCUGCGCGGACUGAAAGGUUGGCUUCAGCGGCUUCAACCAUGUCCGCAGUUGAAGAACGUUCACUUCAGAAUUCACAAGACGCAGUCCACGUGGCUAGGUUGAGGGAUUCACAGUCCCCAGCACAGAAAACCCUUCGUCAUUUGCGGGAAGCCACCGCCAAAGCUUGCUCCAGGGGUUUACAAAGCCCCGAACAAACAACUUCACGUCGUCUUAGGAAUACUAGGGCUACAGCCGCCUCUAGAGCUUCGGAACAACCCCAAGAAACCACUCAUCGUCGCUUUAGAAAUGCCCUAUCCACCGCGUCUGCCAGAGCCUUAGAAAGCCUUGCACAGACCACUGUUCCUCGCGUUAGAAAUGCCCGCUCCACUAGAUCUGUUAGAGCCCUAGAAAUCCCUUCACAGACCACUGUUCGUCGCGUUAGAAAUGCCCGCUCUACUGCAUCUGCUAGAGACCUAGAAAGCCCUGCACAAACCACUGUUCAUCGCGUUAGAAAUGCCCGCUCUACUGCGUCUGCCAGGGCUGCAGAAAACUCUGAACCGCUUAGGGACCUCCUUCUGGGUACAACUUUGGAGUCAACGCAUUUUCUUGAAGCAAUACGGAAGUACAACUGUUGCUUCCAGAUGACGUCUUUUGGUGCGAAGGCUAUCAGUGAGGGGGGAUGGAUGCCUACUUUCAAAGUGCAAGGCCAGGUUUACCACUUAAUGGGAUCACUUUUGGCUGAUCAGAGAGAGCCACCUCAGUUCCUACAAAUUUACUUUCUCGCUGACUACAACGAGCAGGUUGAUGCGCGUCUCGGCAUUCUGCCUAGCGAUAUUUCCGUCGGUCCCCGUAGAGACAUUCUGUUCCUUCUACAAGACAUGCUUCACGAAACUAACAGUUACAUCCGAAGCUUAAAGUUUGCGUUGCAAAACAACUCUUCGCCCUCUUUCAGCGUUGUCAUCGAUGCAGACAGACGGCCUCAUGGUGAGCAUAAGCGUCGCUUCAAUGCUCCUGUAUGUAAUGAAGUCGUCGCAGUCAUUCACGGUACCGGGGCGGUGGUCUGCGCCGCAUCAGUGAAACCCAACGUUCAUACGACUGUCUCCUGUACUCCCUUCUUUUUCCAUACGGAAGCGAUGGACUCCUACAUUCACCUUCGUGAUGGUCUGCCUUCUGAUGUUGACCCACGCAAUCUCGGCAAACUGUGCAUUUUGCCUUCCUGUUACACUGGUGGCCCUCGAUACAUGCAUGAAAGGACACCAGACGCAAUGACUUAUGUCCGUCAUUACGGGAGGCCUGAUUUGUUCGUCACGUUCACGUGCAAUCCGAAAUGGGUUGAAAUCACACGCGAACUUUUUCCAGGUCAGCAGUACUCACACCGCCCUGACUUAAUUGCUCGCGUUUUUCGGUUACAGCUGUGUAAGCUUAUGGAUUUAAUCCUUAAAGGGCAAGUCUUCUGA